AUGAUGAAAAGAAUACUAGGCUAUACGCCUUCUCACAAAGCAUGUCUUAAUUCCCACAACCAUCUGCGGCACUUUUAUACUAAGCCUUAUGGGGGAGGCGGCGGCAGCAAUGCUUCUUCUGCCAGCCCAAUUUUGUUUGACAAGAAUGCCAAGUUGAAAGCUAUUUAUGAGCAGCGGCAAAAGUCUCGGACUGUGAAGUUACCACCAUUUGGUCAUAGGCUGAUUGAUUAUUUCGAACCUUCAAACUCCCGCAUUCAUGUCAGUCAACCCAAAGCUCCUGUUUUUGAUUUAUACAAUUCAAAGUACGUUCCGACUAUUUUCCAGCCAUCAAAAAUGGCCACCAAAUCUACUUCAAAAGAGAAUAAUACACCGGCGCCUACAAUCAAAGUGGAUAGUUUAGAAAAAGUUGCAGUUCUUGCUUUAAGGCUGGAUCAUUUACGGCACGGCAAAUGUACAGCAGAAGAAGUCCGGGCUCUUGCUAAAGAGUUAUUUAUAUCCAACUCUGAGCCAGGAAGAUAUUUUUACGACAUUGACAGCGAUAUUCGGGAAGUUUUUGAUUUGGAGAGUGGGUUGAAUGAGCAAUUUUCGCCUAAUAGGGCGGUGGAAGACAUGACAACGGACGACAUUAUAACGCAAAUUUUAACAAUGUCUAUUCCCAAAUCCAAGGAACGAUACAAGAGAUCUCGAAUUUUGCGACUUCUUGAAAAGGAAGGAUAUACCAAGGAAGAUUUGGCCCGGUGGAUGGAGUGCAUUAGAGCCCCUACACUGUUCGAUGCCGUUCAAGCAAUGGAAGGGUUGACAGAUUCAGCUCGUUGGCCCAAAUUUCUUUUACUAUUUACUCUUCGACGGCACUGCCGCUCUCGCCUGGAGACGCUUGAGUUGUUUCGAUUAUACAUGCAGAAUUUCCCGACACUCGACAAAACUUCGCAGACCAAGUUUUUGUUUCGAUUAAUUUUGCGAUCCCAGCAGUGGGUCACGGACUUGCUGCCGGAGAUAUGCCAAAUAUUUGUUGAGCACGGACAUGUAGAAUUAUUUUCCAAUGACUUUGUGUGCAACCAGGUUUUAUGGACGCUUUCUGGGUUUGGACGCAGCUCCUCGUCGAGGCCACAUUCCAAGGAGGUCAACCGUGACAAUGAUUUUGCGCUACAAUCCCAGCAAAUCAUUGUCAACAAAAUGAUUGCUAGCAAAAUUCCCUUGGACACUAAGGGGUAUCUUGCGUUAGCUCAUACUCUGCAUAACGAUUCGCCUGAAAGAGCAUGGUCGUUGGUGAAUAUCAUCAAGGAGCACAACUAUCCAGUUUCCCAGAGCGAGAAGAACGCUUUUGAAGGAAAUAUAUCAAACGAAGUUUCUGGUUUCAGAAGACGAGAACACCGAUCUGGUGCGUUUCCUUAUAUUCAAGGUCUAGCGUGCAUGGAAAUUAUGCUUAGCCGGAGUGGCGAGGAAGCACUAAGUGCCUUUGACAGUGGCAUUAGUCACCCACAAUGGCAAGAUCUACAAGCAUCUUCUGGUUAUAAUUACGGGUUGAGCAGUGCCAUGUGGGCCGUACUUUUGAUGAAACUGCGGCAGCUUAAUGAGCUAACCCCGGCAGUGACAGAAGUGUUUUGGGAGAAAAUCAACCGAUACAAGGUCAAUAAGUCGCCGUUUUUGCUGAUGCAGGUAGUAGCAGGGCUAAUGCCGUCAGUAAAUGUGGGUCGUACGGUUUCUGAUGAAGACGAGCAGAAUCUGAUUAAUGAUGGAGUGACGGCGAGCCGGUUCCCGCACUUGCUCGAAAGUGAAUCUACGGAAUACCAAGAGGAUAUUCAUCUGGACCAGGAUAAGAUUCGGCAUGCUGCAGAGCGGCGGCUGCGACUGGCUCAGGAUAUUUUGAUUACACAAAACCCUGGGUUUUUGUCAGAUUUAUUAAUGGCGUCGUAUAUUCGGGUGCUUAUGCGCGGAGACCAGUUGACUGUGGCAACGCAUAACUCACCUGGGUACGUUGUGCAGGGGCCUAGUAGUGCAACACACUUGAACGGGCUUUCGCGGGCGCGAGAAAUCAUGGGGAUCAUGGCUACGCGGCCGUCGCUAGCAUGCUACAAUGCGUUGUUGAGUGGCGAGUCACGUUUGGCUCCAGAGUCUGCGUGGAAAACAUACUCUGCACUGUUGGACACAGGGCAUGAGCCUGAUACCCGUACUCUUUAUCAUUUGUGUAGGGCAGCUUGGGAUUCCCAGUUAAUUUGGACAGACUCUGUGGGAACGUUGAACGAGAAGACUGGGAAGUAUGAGGAGCCUCUUGUGCUCUAUGCUGCACAGCGGAUGGUGGUUGAAUUCAAGCACUGGGUUCGAGGUGCGCAUAUUGAUAGUGGUGAUUCCCAAGACUUACUUAAGCUUUACCCAACACAGCAGCUGGUGUAUGCAUAUAUUGUGAUGUUGGGUCGGGCAGGUUAUGGAGACGAGUUGCUUGGGAUUUUGCCAUGGCUAGAACGAAUCGGAAUGCAGCCAGAUAAGCAGAUUUUGUCUGCGCUCAUUACAUUUAGUCCUAAUGGAGACUACUUGAUGAAGCACGGGCAAGUUGUUUCUGGAGGAAACAAUGGGGAUAGUGUGUGGCCCACACCAAACGAACUUAGAUCGUUUCAAAAUAUGAUUCGGAAAAGCUGA